GACAAUAGUGUGAUUUUCUAAGUGGACGUUGCGGACUGCAGCAAGUCUGCAAUCGGCAAGAUGGCUGGUGCCAUUGUGCGUUGUUUUCAGGUUCCGAGGAGGCAAUUGGGUUUCCUUGGGCCAUCGUUAAGCAGCCAGCAGCAAAGAACGCUUGCGGAUGCCGCUCCGGCAGGAAAGAAAAAGGGUGGUGCCCUGGCUGAUCAAGACCGUAUUUUCACGAAUUUGUACGGCAGACACGAUUGGAGGUUAAAGGGUGCUCUAAAAAGAGGAGACUGGUACAAAACCAAGGAAAUUGUUGAGAAGGGUGCAGAUUGGAUUAUCAAUGAGAUCAAAAUCUCUGGUCUGAGAGGAAGAGGAGGUGCUGGUUUCCCUUCUGGGAUGAAAUGGUCCUUCAUGAACAAGCCUUCUGAUGGAAGACCGAAGUACUUGGUAGUCAAUGGAGAUGAAGGAGAACCUGGUACCUGCAAAGAUCGUGAAAUCUUACGUCAUGAUCCUCACAAGCUAGUGGAAGGUUGCUUGAUUGCUGGUCGUGCAAUGGGAGCUUGUGCAGCAUACAUCUAUAUUCGUGGUGAAUUCUAUAAUGAAGCUUCAAAUAUGCAAGUUGCCAUCGCAGAGGCUUAUCAGGCAGGUCUUAUUGGAAAGAAUGCAUGUGGUUCUGGCUACGAUUUUGAUAUCUUUGUGCAAAGAGGGGCAGGAGCAUAUAUUUGUGGAGAAGAAACUGCUCUUAUUGAAUCUAUUGAAGGAAAACAGGGUAAACCUAGGUUGAAGCCACCUUUCCCAGCUGAUGUAGGAUUAUUUGGUUGUCCUACCACUGUCACUAAUGUUGAAACCGUGGCUGUGGCUCCUACAAUUUGUCGACGAGGUGGAGCAUGGUUUGCGUCAUUUGGCCGACCGCGUAAUCACGGUACCAAAUUAUUCAACAUCUCGGGGCACGUGAACAAUCCCUGCACUGUGGAGGAAGAAAUGUCCAUUCCUCUGAAGGAACUGAUAGAAAGGCAUGCUGGAGGAGUGAUUGGUGGAUGGGAUAAUCUACUGGGCGUCAUUCCUGGUGGAUCUUCCACUCCAGUGAUUCCCAAAAGCGUCUGCGACACGGUACUACUGGACUUCGAUGAUCUCGUCAGAGUGCAGAGUUCCUUCGGUACUGCAGCUGUUAUUGUUAUGAAUAAGCAGACAGAUAUCAUUAAGGCCAUUACGCGUCUUAUAAGCUUCUACAAACACGAAUCUUGCGGCCAAUGUACUCCGUGUCGCGAAGGAAUUAGUUGGAUGUACAAAAUACUGGGAAGGAUGGCUCGAGGACAAGCCGAAGUACACGAGAUAGACAUGCUCUGGGAGUUGACCAAACAGAUAGAAAUGCACACUAUCUGCGCUUUGGCGGAUGGUGCAGCAUGGCCAGUCCAAGGGCUGAUCAGGCAUUUCAGACCGGAAAUGGAAGAACGAAUUAAGGGGCAGAAGCAGAAUCUGUCUAAUUGAAAAUAAAGUGUAUAUUAGGCGAACCGAGAUGCGGUAUAGACAAUUUUCCUAUGUAAUUCUGCCGGACCGUAGUUAAGUUUUUGACGGUUGGGUAAAUAAAAUAGGUAAAAAAAAAAACCUGCAAUUUGUCAGUAUUUAUAAAGGUGCAGGCGUCAUGUUUGAAAGUAAUCCAAUUUUUUUUUUUUUUAUAUGGUUUAACGCAACGGAAAGAAUCUCGUUUAAAGCGUACGUAACCUCGUAAUUCGUUUUGUAAUAGAAAUCGAUCGUACAAUAGCGGCCAUCUUGCGAUACAUUUAUAGCACGCAGGAAAUCAUUAAACUAAACCACAGCAAGAAGUAUUUCGGGGAGGAUUGCGAUUUUAUUUCAAUGAUACCGAAAUCCAAGGAAAUAGCAGACUCUAAUCUUGUUUGGAGUAACAUUGUUGGAACUUCAACAAUGAAUCAUCGAAGAUUCGCUUCGGUCUGUUUCAACGAAGCGUACAAGAUAAUUCAAUUAUAGCUUCAAUUAAAAAUAGAUGUUUUUAAUAAACUUUAUAUCUGUUAAAUAUAUCUUGUAAUUAUGACUCAAGAUGACAGCACCAUAUACAUUUUGUAGUUUAAA